CUACUGUUGAAAUAUCGACGGUAGUUAUUUCACGUGAGCAUUCACUCAUGAAUCAGCUGAUUAUAACGACUCAUAAAAGGCACAUUGGCAACUAUAUUCCGCUUCGGGUGCAAACAGACAAGCGCUGUGUGACCGACUCCUUUGAGGGACAAGUGGAGGGCCCUCGUUAACGGUGGGGCCUGGGAGGUCGUGCUUCUGCGGCAUAUAUGACUCCACAAAUAAGCUGACUUCCACUUUGCUGAUCUGGAUAGUGUUGGGAAGAUGACAGAGGCCAGGCCACCGCUCUUGCCUUUGUCACAGCAUCGUCAGGAGAACCCAUCAUCACUCAAACGCCCUCUCGCUCUUGAAGGUGGGCACUUCACUCCGCCAAGGAAAAAGAGGAAAUUAUACCGUCCGCACGCAGGUGCUAUCUUAGGCAGAGCAGCAUCCAGGUGGUUCAAGAGUCCAAGGAACACAUGCGAAUCCAAGGCCUGCCAAACGCCCGUAGUGUCCAUUCCGCGCCUUCCCGUGGGCUGCCGAACCUUCCCUGUGCCCUGGGGAAGGAAGCAGCGCACCGCGUCCUCGGGCACUCAGACCUGCGCGAGUGAUUAUGUUUCAAGGAAGACCUCGCACCUGGCCGAGCUCUUCGAGAAGCAUGAAGAGAAGGUAAGAUGUUCUUUUAACAACGAAUAUGUAAAUAUGUGUAGGAAAUGGCCAAGUGAUUUUAUACCUUUGGAGAGCGAGGGCGUGACGGUGUGUGAGCAGACGGAGGGCGGCCGCACCGUGGCGACCAACACGCGCCACGUCGGCUGGCGGAGCCCCGCGCAGCGCUCCCGCCGGAGGCAGGGCUGGCUGAGGGCGGCCCGCGGGUGGUCGCGCGCCGGCAGGAGGACGGACGCCUCCACGCAGACGGAGGAAAGGCAGACUGAAUAAUAAACUUGACACUUUA